GCACCACACAAAUCCAGUGGGCACCGAAUGGAGGUGGAAGAUGGACCAGCCUGAAAUGAUCUUAAAGGAAGCCAUUGAAAACCAUCAGAACAUGAUUAAGCAGUUUAAAGGAGUACCAGGUGUCAAAGAAGAACGUUUUGAAGAGGGGAUGAUGGUAAAGCACUGUGCGUUGUCCCUUGUGGGAGAACCCAUCAUGUACCCAGAAAUCAAUAGGUUUUUGAAACUACUCCACGAGUGUAAAAUCUCCAGUUUCCUGGUCACAAAUGCACAAUUCCCUGUGGAAAUCAGUAUAAAGGUUAAAGGAAAAGCAUUAAGAAGUUGUGGCUACUACAACUUGCAUGUGUUUGUGGAGGUCGUCAUUGCUGAGAAACUGAAUACCGGCUACGGAGGCCGUCAGACUGGUAUUUGGACUCCGCAAUUCUCCUUUCCUGUCCUCUGCUUUGGCCUGCAGUUCUUCACGCUUUACCCAAACAUGACAGAUAAUGAGAAUUACUACAGGAUCUUGAAAAAUUACAGUUUCUUAUUCCUAGUGGGAUUUGAAAAUCUGCAUUUUAAGCAUCCCAAGUGA